AUGGCGAGAAAUGAAGACGGAGGAGAAGGUGGAAGCGGAGGAGAGAAUGCGGCGGUGCCUCGACUUUCGUCCAGCGGCCGGCUGAGUUCUCGACCGGACCCGUUCUUGGUGGUGUGUAGAUGCUUUAGCUUCGUUACUGCUGUAACCGCCCUUCUGUGCGUCGCUGUCAACAUUCUCUCCGCCGUUCGCUCCUUUAAGGACGGAUCCGAUAUAUUCGAUGGAAUCUUCAGGUGUUACGCGGUGGUAAUUGCGUUUGUCGUGAUCUUAGCGGAGACGGAAUGGGGAUUCAUUUUCAAGUUCUGGAAGGUCCUAGAGUAUUGGGCAGGCAGGGGCAUGCUGCAAAUCUUUGUUGCAGUUAUGACGAGGGCUUUUCCUAACCAUCGGAACCCCACGGAGCUUAUUCUUCUUCAAAAUAUAGCAAGCUACAUUCUCAUUGGUUGUGGUGCAGUCUAUCUUGUUUCGGGAAUUCUUUGUAUUGGCUUGCUCAAACGUGUUCGGCAGCAGAGGGAACUAACGAGGGAACAAACGAGGGAACAGGCAGCCAAAGAUUUGGAGGAUUUGGAGAGGAGAAGAGAGGAACUUGAACAGUUACUAAUGGCAGAAAGGGUUUGA